AUGAGAUCAUUUUGUAUUGCAUUACUUUUUUUACUUAUUGUUUCAUAUUGGGCUCAUAUAUUUCUAAGCCGUGAAAUUAAUACAAAUGAACUACCAACAGUCGUUGUUGACAAUAGUCCUAUUAAUGCUGGUAUAUGUGAAUGUCGAUGUUGUGUUUUGAGUGGUACUAUGUGUGAAACUAUUAUACGAUAUAGUGUAUCAUUCAAACAAGAUUUUAAGUGUGAUUUAUGUACAACCGAAUUUUGUACAUUGAACGUCAAUGAAACCGAACAAUGUGAUUGGAUGCAGACAAUGAAAGCCGACUGUCAUCAAUAUGAACCUCGUCAGAAAUCUUCAUCAUCCUAUGUAAAUAUACGACCUAUUUUACAAUGA